AUGGCGGCAAGGCAGACUCUCAACAGGCCCGGCUACAGCUCAACGUAUCUCUCCGAAGCCACGAUUCACAACGGCGUGGUGUAUUGCGCCGGCAAAGUCGGGCUUGAUCCUGUUAGCGGGCAACUCGUGUCGGACGAUGUCGGCGAACAAACGGCAGCCGCGUUGAACCUGCUCAAGAUGGUGCUCGCUUCAGCCGGGAGCGAUUUCACCCAACUUCUCAAGGUCAACAUUCACCUGACCAGCAUGGCGGACUUCGCAGCCAUGAACGAGGUUUACAUCGCCAUGAUCCCCGAGCCCAGGCCUGCUAGAAUCUGUGUCGGUGUGACGGAACUGGGCAAGAAUGCUAAGUCCACCACGCCUUCGAACUCCCUCCGAAAGAUGACGACCCGGCACAUCCUGCAAAAGUCGCCGCUGGCCGGCUACGGCAAGGCGAUCCGCGAGGCGCCCCGCGAGACCAUCUUCAACCGCCCUCUCCUGCUGUCCUCCCUCGUCUACGCCCUCGGAGGCAUGCCCGUCAUCUGGGACCAGGGCGCGUCCUCCGUCAUGCCCUCCCUCCCCGGCUUCCAACACCACUUCGGCAUCAGCUCCGGCGCCGACGCGGACGAGAUCCGGCUCUUCGUCUCCAUCGUCUACGUCGGCUUCGGCCUCGGCGCCGGCCUGUCCUUCUUCCUCAACGACGUCCUCGGCCGCAUCUGGUCGUACCGCCUGUACACCCUCGUCUACGCCGUCGGCACCCUCGUCGCCAUCUUCGCGCCCGGCAUCGGGGUCCUGUACGGCGCGCGCGUCGUCCAGGGCCUCGGCCUCGGCGCGCUGACCGUCUGCCUGCCCAUGUCGAUCGUCGAGAUCGCCCCGGCCCCGAUCCGUGGCUUCCUCGUCUCCUGGCUCAACCUCGCCAUGGGCGCCGGCCUGAUCGGUGCCACCUUCUGCACGCUGGGCGCCUACCGCCACGUCCCGGAGGGCAGGCUCCAGUUCCAGGUCGUCAUGUUCGUCCCCCUGAUCCACCUGGCGCUCUGCAUGGUCGGCACGCUCUUCGUCGAGGAGUCCCCGCGGUGGCUGUUCCUGGCUCACCGCCGCGACGAGGCCAUCUCCGGCCUCGCGCGGGUCCGCGGGCUCCCCGCGGACCACCCGCGCGUGGAGCGCGAGAUCGCCGAGAUCGAGCGGGACAUCCGGCACGCGAGCGAGGCGGUCGGGAACGCGAGCUUCUGGGCGAUCGCGCGCGAGACCUUCUCGACGGCGUCGAACCUGCGGCGCGUGCAGCAGAGCCUGCUGACGUACGCGCUCGCGCAGCUGUCGGGGGCGAACCUGAUCACCUCGUACUUCGUCCCGAUCCUCGCCAUCGUGGGGAUAUCGGGCGGGACGGACCACUCCAUGUUCCUGAGCGGCAUGUACGGCGUGUCCAAGUUCUUCUUCAUGCUGAUGGCGACGUUCCUCUUCGUCGACGCGCUCGGCCGUCGCAAGUCGCUCUUCGUGGGCGCCGCGCUGCAGCUGGUGUCGCAUGUGUAUCUCGCCGUCUACGUGAAGUACACCCAGUCCGGGCCCGUACCCGAGGCUGCUUCCAAUGCCGCCGUAGCUGCUCUGUUCAUCCACGCCUUGGGCUAUGCCGUCGGAUUGUAUCUGCUGCCGUACAUCUUCGGCGGCGAGCUGUGGCCCAAUCGCAUCCGGUCGUUUGGCGGCGCCCUCAGCCAGACGUUUCACUGGUUGUUCAUCUACGGCAUGCAAUACUCCAUGCCCUCGAUCCUGUCCAGCUUCAAUCAGUGGGGGGCUUUCCUGUUCUUUGGGGCGUGGUGCGUUGUGGCGCUCCUUUACACCUACUUCAUGAUACCCGAGGUGUCCGGGUUGACGGUGGAAGAGAUCGAGGAGACGUUCAAAGGUUCGUGGUUCAAUGCUUACAAGACCACGAAACGGACGGUCAUAGAAGGUCGGGUGGAGGAUGGUUUUGGGCACGAUGCUGAAGACGGAGACGACGGCAUGCACAAGUCACCUGCCACCUGA